AUGCUUCGAUACCAACUUGGGAAAUGCAACGCAUUGGUGUCAGGAGCGUUUGCUCUCAAUCUUUUUGAGUUUGGCCAUCCCAAAGUACAAUGCCUGGAUGUGUUUGUGCAAAAUGGUGUUGACAGCGAUCGGCUCACGAGGUAUAUUGAAGAAAACGAAAACUACCAGAAUGAUAGUCUGGAUGUUGGCAUGCACCGCGCGGUCAGGCAUCAAAAUCCGGAUCACUUCAACGAGCGGGUGCCCGGCACGCUUGAUUCUCACUACCUCGAGCACAACCGCAUAUGUCAACUUCAUUACAUGGAACAAAGUAUACUCGAUUUUCCCCCGACAAACCAUCAAGGAUCACCAGUUUUAUAUGAUAGGAACUGUUGA